AUGGAAGUUCAUAUUACUUCAAAGCAAAUGGUUAAGCCCUCCUCUUCAAAACUUCAUCUCUUGACACCAUUCAACCUUUCCCUUUUAGACCAACUCGCUCCAGGAGUGUACACUCCUGUACUCCUCUUUUACGCUAAACCUAGUGAUUCCAAUGUCGACGGUUCUCAAUUCUCAGACCAACUAAAACAAUCGCUCCCGAAAGCUUUAACUCAGUUUUACCCUGCUGCUGGUCGGGUGAAGAAUAACCUUUUCAUUACUGAUUUCGACGAGGGAGUUCCAUAUGUUGAAACCAGGGUGGAAGGCCGACUAUCUGAUUUCAUUGAGCCAACUCAAAAACUAGAGGAAAUGAACCGAAUGCUUCCUUGUCGACCCUUUUCCUAUAUUCAAGAUUCAACAGCACCCCAAUUGGCUGUUCAAGUUAACAUCUUCGACUGCGGUGGGAUUGCACUAGGUUUGUGUUAUUUACACAAGAUUUUCGAUGCAGCAAGCAUAUCUGCUUUCCUUAAAAGUUGGGCAGCUUUCAGUCGUGGUUCGAAUGGUGAAAUAUCAGAUCCUGGACUGUUAGGGGCAUCGUCACGGUUUUUUCCUCCGGUUGAGUCAAUGCCGGAAAAUGCUGAUUGGAAAAGCUUGUUCUUCAAUGGCGGUGGGCGUAAGAUAACAAGGACUUACGUGUUUGAUGCUAAUGCGAUCUCGACUCUUAAGUUGAUAGCGAAAAGCAAAAGCUUGGAGCAUCCUUCCCGAGUAUUAGCUGUAAGUGCAUUCGUAUGGAAGCAUGCCAUGCAGGCUUCUCGAUCAGUUUCAGGAACUCUAAAACCAACUAUUUUAUGCCAACCAGUGAACCUUCGACCAAAAUUUAAGCCCGCCUUACCGAGUUAUUCAAUUGGGAACAUGUUUUCAAUGGCAAGUAGCAUGUACAACCCAGUUGGAAAAGAUAUUGACUUGUCUGAGUUGAGUUAUCUAGUGAGAGAAGCAACGAAAAGUGCCCCUAAUGAUCCCGAGGUAAUUCUGCAAGGAUUUAACACUAUGACAGAGCAACUCAGCCAUCUUGCAGAAAUGGUCUCAAAAGGAAAUGUAGAUUUUUUUAUUUUAAGCAGCUGGAUCAAUACUUUGGAUGCAAAUGAAGAUUUUGGGUGGGGAAAACGGGCUCUGUUUAGCAUUCCAGGGAUCGGCAGCCAUAAUCGAGAGUUGGGCAAUGGUUUCGUUCUAAAAGAGGCUAGGCAGCACAACGCCAUUGAAGUUUGGAUUACUAUAUCCGAGAAAGAAAUGGUUUUUCUGGAACGUGAUCCCGAGUUCCUCGCAUAUGCUUCUCCAGGUUCUUACUUUGAUAAAAGUGAGAUCUAA